UCGUAUGCUCUCUACACUCGGUUGACCUCACGGCCAUUGAAUUCGGAAUUAACUCGAGUAGUUACGUAUUUUGAAAUCGUAGUAGGUUAGGUUAGAAGGAGAAAGAAAGCCACAACGGUUAAGAAUGAAUGUUAAAAACUUCCUAUCGUAUCGAUGGCAUAUCUACACUUUGGCGCAUGGCGGUGAAAGGAUUCGCCAAUCGGCGUACGGAAGUGGACGAGGAAAUUGAAGAGCCAGAGGCGGCGUCGCCGGGUUGCGCGGAGGAACGACGGCGGAGGCCUGACUUGCUGGACGAACGCCUUGGCCGCCAAUUUGCCGAAUUUCGGCGGCGGCGCGCGCCUAGGGAUGUCAUCAGGGAGCCGCCCGAGGAGAGCGCAGGGUGCGACUCCGCGCCCGCACCCGCGCCCCGCCCGCCCGGCGCCGUCGGCGGGCCGAAGUGACAGGAACGAUCAGUCUAUUGUGUCCGAGUGAACUCAGUGCACUUGGUGAUAUUCGGAAAUUGGUAAACCACUCCAACCACACCACUCAGCCGAAGUUCAAUAGGUGCUGUUGAAUGAAACCACGCGAGCAAGUCGACUAUUGUCAUAUAUUGUACAAUAUCGUAGUAAAUAAGUAACAAUUGAGCCGAGGCGGCGCCGCUGGGCGCGCGUCGCCUCUCCACCUCUGCACGGCACGGACACGGGUGACUCGGAGAGGCGCUUUGCAGUGCACCGCAUGUCAUUCCGUCACUUGGCUACGAUGUUCUAGUACGCAUACCGCCAAUGAAGCUGUAGACUUUUCUUUCAAACGGUUCCCAAAUUAUUACGUGCCCUUCCCGUCGUCAUCAAUGUAGGUGACACGCGGUGGUGGACGCCUCUCCGAGACACUGUGUCGAUAAUAUGUUC